GACCCAAAGUCUUAAUACGAGACGGCUGAACCACGAGCGUCUUAUUAUUGGAAAUAAUCGAUAGAUAUAUUGGAAUAUUUCGAGUUUCGAGGAUAUCCGUUCGUCGUUUUGUGCUCAAUCCUCCGUUAUGGCGACUGCUGCUCGCUCUUCUGGAGGUUUUAAUUGGUGAAAAAAGGUCGAUUCGUCGCCUCCCCAGAUGUGGCCGCCGCCUCUUCUGAGACUUCUGUUCAUGAACGGCGAGGAUGCUCUGAUCGGGCGGCUGAGGCUCGGCCUGGAGGGAUGACAGGACUUUAGCAGACAUGGAGACAGGAGAGACACACAGACGGAUGGAAACGCCAUAUUUACUCAGUCUACAUUCUCCUCAUUAAAUCCACUCAGGAUAAAAGCCUAUUUUUAUAUAUCUUGUUACUUAGAGCUGUUUUUGUUAGUUAUUGAAAAGCCAUACAGCCUUCACAAUGAGUUCCGAGGGCUUUCAGUACAGAGCGCUGUACGACUACAAGAAGGAGAGGGAGGAGGACAUCGACCUGCAUGUGGGAGACAUGCUGCUGGUCAGUAAAGGAGCGCUGCUGGCGCUCGGCUGCAGCAACGGAGCCGAAGAGCGACCUUCAGAGAUCGGCUGGCUGCCGGGCUUCAACGAGACCACCCAGGAGAAAGGCGACUUCCCGGGAACGUAUGUGGAGUUUAUUGGCAGAAAGAGGAUGUCCCCGCCCACACCAAAGCCCCGCCCACCCAGGCCAGCAUCGGCAGCUUCCGUGAGGACCGACUCUGAGUCAGAGGGCUUAGUGUUGCCGGACCUUGCUGAGCAAUUUGGCCCCCCGGACACAUCCCCCCCCCUCCUGAGCAGACUGAUGGAAGCCAUCGAGACCAAAGGUGCGGAGAGUCUUGGUGUGUAUCGCAGUCUGACUGGAGCGGGUCUGGACACCCGGCAGCUGGCCGACGCUGACCUGGAGCAGCUGGAGGUGUCCUCCCUGUGUGACGGGGUGUUCCGGUUCCUGCAGGAUCUGCCAGGGCCCAUCCUCCCUUCCUCGCUGCAGGCAGAAAUGAUCCAAGCAGUGCAAGAGGUGCGGGACCUUGAGGAGUGCGCCCAGGUCCUGCGGGGGGUGUCCAGCUCGCCCGCCUGCCCCGCCCAGUACGGCCUGACGCUGCUCAGCGUGGUGCGGCACCUGGCCCGCCUCUGUCUGCACAGCUCCAGGAACCAGCUGAGCCCCCGCAGCCUGGCCGAGAGCUUCAGCCCCCCGCUGUUCAGACAGGCUGCAGGGUCUGACUCUAGUUUGGAUCCUCUGGUUCAGGUCCUGGAGGUUCUGAUCACCAGCGAGCUCAACAUGAUCCAGGCUGCACCAGCGUUGCCUCCCAAACCGGCCAAGCCGGCGCCUCCAGCUGCUGCCUGUAGUUUCAACAACAGUAUCUCCCUGCAGGAUGCCGAGUGGUACUGGGGGGACAUAUCCAGAGAGGAGGUGAAUGAGAAGCUGAGAGACACAGCUGACGGUACAUUCCUGGUGCGAGACGCCUCCACUAAGAUGCACGGAGACUACACUCUGACUCUGAGAUCCUACAGGCUUAGAAACCAAAUCUGUUUCUACGCAAUGAAGUUUUUUGAAGUUGGAUUGAACACACACACAUCUUCAACUAACUUCAUCUCUGUGUCCCUCAGGACGGAGGGCGAGGUGAAGCACUGCGUCAUCAACAAGACGGGCACCGGCUUUGGUUUCGCCGAGCCCUACAACCUGUACGGCUCCCUGAAGGAGCUGGUGCUGCACUACCAGCACACCUCGCUGGUCCAGCACAACGACUCGCUCAACGUCACGCUGGCCUUCCCCGUCUACAGCCAGCAGAGACGGUGACCCGCCUGCGGGACUCUUCAUCAACACGUCACCGUAGCUGCAGAACCAGAACCUGACCACAUGACGCGUUUACCGCUUGGCACAACAGCGUCCUGGUGCUGCAGACCUCAGUGGGCCAAUGAAAGUGUACAAUCCAGUACACUGAAGAUGAAGCUUUGUGUGAAGUGAAAUGCUUUGUUACAUCCUGUAGGAAUGGUGAACAAUUUAAAAUGAAUAUUUUACUGUGAAAGUCAUCAAUGAGAGCUUUAACUUCCUGAGGAAAAAGACUUCAAGACACCAGGUUUCUCCCUUAAAUUAACACAAAUGUUUUAAUUACUUUAAUGAUUCGGUGCCGGAGAUCAACAUUAAAUGCAAUUUACCUUCAUCAGAGAUGACCCAUGGGACAUCAGAUGAGGGGCGUUCGAGUAAAAGACAGACGUUCAUCAAUGCUCUCUGUCAUUCCAAAUCUAAAGAAACGUUGUUUGAUUAACGAAAAUGAUACAAUUGAAUGAAGUUGUUCUUAGGAAUCGCUUUAAACUGGCUAGAGACAACUUUUCUGCUCUUAGACUUUUCAAGUGGUAUUAUCGUUUCAUAAGACCGUUUUGACCUAGAAACGCAGAUGUUGGUGCUAUUAGAAUGGUGCUGAAAAAAUGCCCUUAGUAAUAAUCAGAAGGCAGUUUUGUUUCACACUUAUCUAGUAAAAUGCAAACUUAAACAUCUGAAGAGUGGGAGCUCUCUCCAUCUUCUUUAACUUAGUUUUGUAUCCCUCUUUGCCUCCCUCGUCAUCGAGGCUUUAUUAUAUCCUAAAGUUUCUUAAGAUGUAACGACGUCCACCACUUGUGCUACCUUGGGGACUUUACUUUUGAAACUUGGGAAUGCCACAGGAGAAACAAAAUUGCGAUCUUCUUCCUGUUUUUGUUACUCAAAGAUUGAUUCCCUUAUUUCUGCCGUAUAUGGAUCCUUGAAUUUCCCAGUGGCAGCCAGAGUUACAAAGUGAAAGCUAGGCUUAUAUAGAAACAAUCCAAAAGCAGAUGGUUGUUAUUCUGUAUCAAAUAUUUUGCGCAAUCAUGGUUUCCUCCAUAAUGAACGUUACUGUGGGAAAAACAAUUGUUUAUCGCUACUUUAAUGCAACCUGAGCUCAAGGUCAAAUGAAACAAAUACCUGAGAGGCGAGAUGGAAGAGGACCGUUCAGGUUAACCUACCUAAAGAACUUGAACGCCUCAGGCUUAUCGGAGACACCCUGUGCGAUCAUGACCUCAGUGAAAUGUCACCGUUUCCUGUCUGAGGAGAGAAGAUGAACUGAAGAGCUAAACGUGCUCUUGUUUUGUCGGAGAUUAACCGGACUAAAGCUGAACUGACCAACUCCUCCUCUACUUGUUACACUGGCCCUGCACGCUUCAAAAGAACAGAACCAAAACUAUGGACUGAUGAUGUCAAAGACUAAAAUGGCGGACAAUCGAGAGACGUUUCUUGCGUAAACACUGUGAGUUGCUCUGGACAAGGUUUAACAUGAGGGCAAAUCAGGAGAAAAUAAACAGGAAACCUGCAUCAUCCAAAGACUCACCCCCCCCCCACCCCACCCCAAUAAUCCCAUCAGUGUUUUUCUAGCUCUCGUUCCUUCAGGUGAGUUGGUUUGCCACCUAAGUGUUGUUUAAGUUUGCUGACUGGACUGAUUAUCCUUACAUUUUUUCAUUUCAAUAAAUGUCCGUCAGCACAAUGGUUUACUCGUGCUGGAUAAAAACUGUGAUUUUAAAAAUUCAGGAAUGGCAGAACUGGAUCUCUGGAUCUUCUCAAAGGAUUUUCAUCUUAAAUUUCAAGGACUAAAGCGCAGCCUGUAAGCAUUACUGAUCGCAGAUAUCUGCUCCUCAUGGUUCCUCUUAUGGAUUUUAUGUUUUCUUCUUUGUGCAUUUGGACACACGGCUUCCUUUUAAACCAGGUACAGGAGAUGAAACUCUCCAAGGAUUUUGAAGAAGCCCAAAGUAUUACAUUAUUUUCCCACAACUUGCAUCUGUUUUAUGGAAAUAAAUACAUGGUUUCAAAUUAGUUUGGAACUGUCCAGAACUUUUCAAGCUCUUAUUUGACUUAUUCCACAGAAGUCCUGUUUUUUCAUUCUGACAUUGAAACCAAACUAGUGAACGCAAACAAGAAUCUGUAAUAUGAGACGAUAACAAGUCGUGAAAAGUUAAUUGUUUAAGAAUUCUGACGAAUAAAAUGACUGUCUCUGCUUUGUUUGAAACAAAUCUGUAGAUAAAAAUAAUAUUAAUCAGUGUGUGUUUGACCUUUUUCUAUUUCCGAUGUUGUGCUCCAACAAUCACAUUCAAGUCCCAGAAACACGCCUCAGAUUUGGUCCAAAUCAUUUUAAUGUCCAGAGACUCCCAGCAGAGGACAGUAUAAUCCAUAGAAAAUAGGAUUUAUUUAGAUAGAACUCCAUUAAAUGCACAUCAAGUAUUCCACUUUU